UCCUCUCCUCUCUUCCCUCUACCUCAACACAAUUCAAUGAAGCCUCAAGCUGCCGAGAGCGAUCUCAGCUCUCUCAAACGCUCCCCACCUUCAACCAUGUCGUCUUCUUCCUCUUCUCUCGUCACAACCCUUGUUGAUCAUACUAAUAACCCUUCACACCCUCCUCCGCCAAGACCUCCUCGCCGUCGUUUUGUUUCUCAUCACCUUCCUGAGAUAAGCCUCAAAACUCCUAUGGUUAGGCCUUAUGUUCGAUCAAAAAUGCCCAGGCUUCGUUGGACACCAGAUCUCCAUCGCUGCUUCGUGCAUGCAGUUCAGAGACUUGGAGGAGAAGACAGGGCCACACCAAAGUUGGUCUUACAGCUCAUGAAUGUAAAGGGGCUUACCAUAUCUCAUGUCAAAAGCCACCUUCAGAUGUACAGGAGCAUGAAGCAGGAGCAGAUGACUGAAGGUGCAAAGAAGAAUGAUGUGGCUCCGGAGUUUGUAGCCUCCACAUUCUCAACUCUUGGCCCAAGAUACACCCAACAGAAUCCUCCCCAAAGAACCUGCACGGAACAGCUUCUUCCCACCCGUGCUCAAUGGAAUGAUUGUAAGGAAGGGUAUUACAGUGGAAAGCAUGGGGGUAAAUCGAUUAAUGAAGAGAAGAUGCAGCCCUACAUCAUCUUCGAGGGUGUUCUGAGUGGCCAGACUGUCCAAGAGAAUAAAUUUGGUCCUGAAAAGGUGUCACUAUGGGGUGCCACCGGAUACGAAAGCGACCGUGAAAGAUUCCAAGACAGAACUACUAUUGCCAUAGGAGGAGGAGGAGGAGGAGAGAGAAUGCGUGAGAGCUCACUGUCCUUAUCAAUGACCUCCAGGGCUACUUCCCAUUCAUUCUUCAAUCGCAGCCACUCCGGUCCAGAUGCUAAUGAUGUCUCUCUUGAGCUCACGCUCUCUUAGAAUCAUGCACAUAAUAAUAACAUUCUACCUUUGUCAUUUACAUAUAUUUCCUUCCUACAACUACACUACAAACGCUGCCUCACCAUCACUUUUCAAACAACACAACAACACUGCUAUCGAGUGCUCUUCCGACAUUCCUUUACAAAUUUUAUAUAUUUUCAUAAAAACAUUAUCUUUUUUAUUUAUUUAUUUCUUAAUCAAUGUCUCUGAAACACUUCGUAGCACCCCGAGCCGGAGGAACUUGUGAUGCUAACGCUGCUUCAAUUGGGAUCAUUUUCUGAUCUCAAGUACUUUCUUCUGAUUUAUAUAAUUAUUAUUAU